UCACGCACCCUUUCGCAAUUUCCUCACUCCGCCUCCACCAAGCCAGAUCUCACGCGCCGCCGAGGAGGAUAGCAACAAUGAGGCCGUCGCUGAUGAGAUCCGCCUCCCAGGUCCUGCGCCGCCGCCGCAGCUACUCCUCCGCCUCCGGGCAGCCGGAGAGGAAGGUCGCCAUCCUCGGCGCGGCCGGUGGCAUCGGGCAGCCGCUCUCGCUCCUCAUGAAGCUCAACCCGCUCGUCUCCUCCCUCUCCCUCUACGACAUCGCCGGCACUCCCGGCGUCGCCGCCGACGUCUCCCACAUUAACUCCCCUGCCCAGGUGAAGGGUUUCAUGGGGGACGACCAGCUCGGGGAAGCGUUGGAGGGAUCGGACAUUGUGAUCAUCCCGGCCGGCGUGCCGAGGAAGCCCGGCAUGACCAGGGACGACCUCUUCAACAUCAACGCCGGGAUCGUUAAGAAUCUCUGCACCGCCAUCGCUAAGUACUGCCCAAAUGCUCUUGUCAACAUGAUCAGCAAUCCCGUUAAUUCAACGGUCCCAAUUGCUGCUGAGGUUUUCAAGAAGGCUGGAACUUACGAUGAGAAGAGGUUGUUUGGUGUAACCACUCUUGAUGUUGUUCGUGCUAAGACUUUCUAUGCUGGAAAGGCCAAUGUGCAUGUUACAGAUGUGAAUGUCCCAGUUGUUGGUGGCCAUGCGGGUAUCACCAUCCUGCCACUGUUCUCACAGGCAACUCCUGCAACUAAUGCAUUGUCUGCUGAAGACAUCAAGGCUCUUACCAAGAGAACACAAGAUGGUGGGACUGAAGUUGUUGAAGCAAAGGCUGGAAAGGGCUCUGCAACCUUGUCUAUGGCGUAUGCUGGUGCUGUUUUCGCAAAUGCUUGUUUAAAGGGUCUGAAUGGAGUUCCGGAUGUUGUUGAAUGCUCUUUUGUGCAAUCAACUGUAACAGAGCUUCCAUUCUUUGCCUCCAAGGUGAAGCUUGGGAAGAAUGGAGUUGAGGAAGUCCUUGGGUUGGGCCAGCUGUCAGACUUUGAGAAGGAAGGACUGGAAAAUCUUAAGGGUGAGCUCAAGACAUCAAUUGAGAAGGGUAUCAAGUUUGCAAAUGAGAAUUAGAUAGGCCAUUUUGCAGGCUAGCAACUCAUACCUGUAGAUGAGGCUUCUGUUGAUUUGAUUUUAUGCGUUCUACCCCUUUGGGUUGGGGGUAGGGAGGAUUUGAGUUUUACAAUAAGAAUCCGGCCACAGAACAAAACUUUUACGAGAGGGACUAAUUCGGGUCAAGUUUUGAGUUACAUUGAACACACAUUCGAAUGUUCGAUUAUGCACCAUUUGUCUCAG